GCUCCAAGUUUCACCACGGAAGCGAGUUGAAGCAGUAGCUGAGUUGAAAAAAUGUUCCAGUAGAGUUUCGAAAUAUGAUCCUUCAUAACUGGAAAGCUAAGGGUUGGAACGAAGAGAUACAUUUUAACAACAUCUGAUUAAACUGGUGGAAAUCACGGAGGGGUAAAUAUGAUGCAGAACUGAUAGGCCACAGGUAAGUUACUUUGUGUAACAUAUGUUCUUAUUAUAGACUACUGAUGGGUGCAAGAAUAUCCAAAUAGAAAUGAAUUGUGUAAAACAUAUAUUUGUCAUGUUGAAUAGGCCUAUAGAAUAAGCUAAUGUAACUGUCUUUGACAUCUUUAUAAUGUUUUUGUAUGAGCGUUAGAAGGCAAACUUAGAAGUCCAAUAUGGGUAAACGCUAUAGCCUACAUAGCGCUACCCCUGGGAAGUUGUGUUGGUGUGAGGUCCGAUCUGUCAGUCAUGCAUCGGUGAUCACUGAAGACAAUCCGCAUAGUGUGGAUCUUUGACUCGUGCUGCAUGAUAGUUAGGCUUAGUGCUCUUCGUAUUUCUUAUGCUCUUCAUCAUAUGACCACUCUACCAAUGCAUUUAUCAGAUAAUGAAUUAGAUUAUGCGACCAGUAGAAAAUUGGAAGUGGUUUGUCCUUUUCAUGUACUGCACAUACAUUGUUGAUAUGAGAAUAAUUUGUUAUUCCCUCAUACCAGCUAUGUAAGUAGAGCCAGUUACACCAACACUGUUAUUCUGUUUUCCAAGAUAAUACAAAUGAUUAAUCACAAAUGUGGUAAGUAUAUUAUAAAUAUAUCGUUGCAUGUAGGCUAAUUACUAUCCUAGUGCAGUGUAAUGUUAUUCCAUGGUUUCCUGUAAUAUGGCAGGAAAUUAACUUCUUAUGAAUUAUUUGCUUAGCCUAUUUAAGGGCUGUGUGUAUUGCAACGUAUGUUUCAAACUGUAACAGACUCUGUACCCUGCAAAUUCUGCAGAUGACAACUGUGCUGGUAUGCUUGGUUGCUACAGAUAAGAUCCUGCUAUGAAGUGUCUGCUGAUAGCCAGCGAGAGCGCUGAGGUCCUCUUCUAUUGGACCGACCCAGAGUUUGAACUCAACAUCCAGGAGCAGUAUGGAGCGUCACAGGAAGAGGGGGAGAAGGUAAGAUGGGAGUGGGCGAGGGAUACAGGAUGGUCUAUUAAAUAAACGUAGAAGCAAUGAUAGCAUAUUGCAUUUAUGGAUUGACCCAAAUAUCCCCUGUGACCUCAUUCAUAUGACGUUUCUGUGAUUUGCUGAACUCUCUGGUAUGUCCAGCAGUGGUUUUAGACAUGCUGGCUGGUUCAUGUAGUUACAUAAUCCCUCAUGGUCAUUCCAGAGCAGAGAAUUGAGGUUAUGAGGAGAGCUUCAGAUGGAGGAUAUGUUUGAGUGUCUCUUUCCGUCCCUUCCAGCCACCAGCAUUUGAGGACAGCAUCAACACUCUGUUUGCCCCCAUCAUCAUCUCCUGCAGUACCAUGGUGGACAGACUGGGAGACAGCUAUACAUCCUUUAGUACUGAGAACAACCACACCUAUGUGCUACAUCAGGUAAUACACACACACACACAUACACACAAACACACACACACACACACACACAGGAAACGAAUGUUGCAUCAUGACACAUAAACACUUCAAAAGAUACAGGGCAAUUUGUGAGAGAACUAUGCCCAUAGUAAAGAAUGGUCAUAAAAUAAGUAUUGCGGAUAGUGGGGUAAGUUGAGCCAAAGGCGAAAGUUGAGCCAACCUUGUUUCUAGGAAACCAUACACAAAAUGUAUCAAUUGACCAUAUAUUUAGGAAGAGGUUAUCAUUUCAUGGAGUCUGUAUAGGAAGAAGCCACAUGGAAAAAGUGGUAAGCAAGUUGCGUCCAAAAAACGGAUUUUCACCAAGUACAAAUUAAUUUGUGUUAGAGGUUUGAUGAUGCUUGUAUCUAAACCAAAGUACAUAAUUUAAAGAUUGUUCUAUACAUCAGUUGGUGUCUCUAUAAGCUUCAAUAUGAGGUCCUAAACCUAGCAUGAAAGUGCAUCCUUGUAGCUGUUUGGGUUUAUAUAGUCAAAAUGUUUGCCUUGGGGUAAGCUGAGCCUAUGGUUGAGCCAAUGGCAAGUUGAGCAAAUUGAAGUGUUUUCUUCCCAGGCGUAAUGCAAGGCAUUAUCGCUGAGAUAUGAGGUAACAACAGGGCCUAUGUUAAAAGUGUUUAAAAAAAGUACAAAGUGUUUGUUAAAAUAUGCUUAAAAUUAUUUAAAUACAAAAAAGUGAUUGUGUUGAAUUGUGUUUGGGAAAUAAAGAUAGACAUGGUUUUAAAAAGGUAGUGGUAAUAUUUCAUUCAGUACAGACAUUUGUAGGCGGCUUAACUUACCCUGUACCGCAACUCAAUUUACCUCAUACUCAUGGUAAGUUGUGCCAAGAGACCACUUUUUUGGGGGGACAAGCUAUGUUUUCCAAACUGUAAUUUUUACGUGAAUUCUGAUUAUUUCCAGGGAUACACAACAUCCUGGAAUAUAUGUAGCUACAGUAUCUUUGUUAGAAAGAAUACUAUAUUUCCCUUGACAGAGGGAUGCUGAAUGUUAAAAAGGGCUAAACUUACCCCACUCUCCCCUACAACUCAUUUGACCUCAUAAGCCACUCAAUUACAGUUCCUCUACUGUACUGUAGUAAAAGUGAAAGCCUGCUGUUCAGUACAUUUUCUGAUCAUGUGAGCCUGCCUGAACCUCGUAGUAGUCAUGGGAUCAGACUGUGUGGCUCUGUAAAUGGGUUAAGAUGACGUGGCCACUGGCCAACAGUAGUUCCAUUCAGACCGAAUGGCUUGGUACCUUUUCUGCUCCUAGCCCCUACUCCUUCCAGUGUUCACGGAUCUGAAAGGACCAGAUAGUUGUGAUGUGUCUUCCAACAGACUAAGAGGAGCGUCCCCCAUAUUCCUUACACCUAUCCAAGCCUCUCAGUUCUGUUAAGAAAGGGCUUGGGACAUGUAGUAGUGUCUGUACAUCGCUGUGUGUGAAUGGGAACUGAUUAGGAGUGAUUGAGUGAUUGAUUAUUUGAUUGAUGGACAUAUUGACUGAUUGAGAUGUUGAUUGACAGUUUGAGGAGUGUCUGUACAUCGCUGUGAACGGAGACCGAGAAGAGGGCGAGGAGGAUCUGAAGAGGAAGAUUUACGUGAUGAAGAAGAUGAUUGAGGUCCUCUUUGGCAUGGUUACCCUCAGCAGCACCCUGAUCAGGAAAGAGUAUGACAUGAAUCUUACCUUAUGAAGUUCAUUAGAACUGUGUUUGUGUGUGACAGAUGGACUUGUAUCCUAAUGGGCUUUGUGGUUUCUCUCCAGGCUGCGUCCUCAAGACACAGAGCAGAGGACCAGGCUGUGGAAACAUCUACAGAGCCUCCUGGAGACCUACAGCCGGCUCCGCGAGCAGGACCAGAGCUUUUUAGUGGAGGUACUGUAGAAUGUGGAGUAUAGUGUACUGCAUACUGUAAUCACUCUUCUCCCCAAUGGGGAAAUGUAGUUUUGACCUACACAACAACAUAUACACAACGUAUGUCUCUGUCUCCCUUCCCCCAUCCAUCAGGCAGUAGAGAGGUUGAUCCAUCCUACUCUAUGUGAACAGUGUAUAGAGUUUCUGGAGCGUCGCUUGGUGCAGCAGAUCAACAGUAGUGUGGAGAGAGCAGGAGAGGAGGUCCUCCAUGCAUUCAUACUGGUGCACACCAAACUACUAGCCUUCUAUUCCAGGUUACUGUCCAUUACUAUUAACACCAAACUAGUAGCCUUCUAUUCCAGGUUACUGUCCAUUACUAUUAACACAAAACUACUAGCCUUCUAUUCCAGGUUACUGUCCAUUACUAUUAACACCAAACUACUAGCCUUCUAUUCCAGGUUACUGUCCAUUACUAUUAACACCAAACUACUAGCCUUCUACUCAGGUACACGGGCCACUGUAACUUCCCCUUUUCACAUAAUAAAAGGCAUUUUCACAUAAUAUGCCAUUGCACAUCCAGACAAAUCAUGUAUAGAGGGAGGUUCCUCUGAAUCAGGGUUGGGGUCAAUUCAAAUUGAAUUCAGUCAACUCAGGAAAUAAACUGAAAUUCCAAUUAAAUUAUAGAAAAAUUGCAUUACUUUUCAAUGCUUUCUCAAUAAACUGAAAAGGAGGAGCUAUUUCAAAAGUUUUCCAUUUUUUUUAUUUGAAAUUCAAAUCUCUUCCUGAAUUGAGUGACUUGAGUGAAUUUGAAUUGACCCCAACCCUGCUCUGAAUACCUUUAUAUCCACCCCUCCCCUCUCCCCCACAGUCGUAAUGCCAGUACCCUCACCUCGUCUGACCUACUGGCUCUUAUCGUCAUGGUGCAGAACAUGUAUCCUAGCAACAUUGACCUGGAGGAUACUGCCCCCGAGGUAGGAGCACUGAGAGUGAAAGAAGAAGAAUAUUCUACUGUGUCUGAAUGCUUCUGAAGUUUAAUAGCAAUGUGGUGUGUGUGUAGGAUGUGGAGAACACCUCAGCUCCUGAUAUAUUCUACACUCCAGAGCCUUCCCCUACUAAUAAGGACUCAGGGACUGACAGGGACUCCGUUAAUUCAGGUAGGUGUCUGUGUCCUGCUUUGUCAUUUUUGCCUAUGUGGCUCGGUGCAGUGAUACGCUAUGCUUCCACUGCCUUUGGUUCAACUCUAACUCUCUGCUCGAUCUCUUUGCAGGCAGGUAUGAGGAGAGCAGGCAUGAAGGAAGCAGUAUUAUGGAGAGCGGUACUCCUGUGUUUGAGUUUUUGGAUCCAGACAUUCAGGUGAGCUAUAACGCAAGCUAGAUCUACUCAGGGUUUUCUAAAGCUAGCCAGCUUCAGUUAGAUUAACAUUCCAGCUCUGGCUUCAUCCAUGUUAUGAAGGUGGAUGUUGAUCGUGCAAAUGAUAUGUAACAACACCCUGACCGCAUCGGAUGAAACACCAAUACAAAUGUAACAGCACAACAAAAUAGAUAAACAAGUUCCUCGCGGGUGCAUUUUCAUUAUAGGAUAGACAUUUGUUGUGAAAUAGUGCUUUCUAGCUGCACCAAUCAAAGCAGUGACGCGUGUAGCGAAUCCAAACUUAAGUGGUCAAAACCAUUCAGCUUGGGGCGAUGGGGGGCGCAGGGUUGCAAAAUGUAACCAUAUCAUGCAAUUAUAUAAAUUAUAAAAUUGUCAUAUUUUUUAUACAGACUAGCUAAAAAAUAAGUGAAAAUUAACUAAUUAUCCAUUGGAUUAUGAGGUGCAUAAACAUACGUUUAUCUAUUUAAAACCUUAUUUGUAUUUGCUCCAUGGCUCCGGUGCCCAAGUGGACGUUGAAAGGCUGUUUGGCUCAGCACAGUCACGACUCGUGAAGAAGAACUUUGCAGGGGUUUCUGAUUAAUAAACAAUGCCAUACUGGUGGGUGGUAACAUUAAAAUAAAACCCAGCCCUGAAAAUAAACGUAUUCUGUAAAGUAUUUGCACGUCAUCUCAUUGGGGAAACGCACAGCAAUGACAUGGAUUUCCAUGAAGUUCCCACUUCGGAUUUCCCACUUCAAGCCCAAAUGUAUAAUACUUUGACUAAAACUAUGACUAAUUAACUUAAAUCGUUGUGCAACAUCGUGGGUAAGCUCUGGGCAUCGUCUUUUAGCUGUUGUGUUACUUUAAGUCAUACAGAAGUUUUACCAUGCGUGAAAUUUCAAAUGCAUUUUGGCAUUUAAACAGGUCAACACUCACAAGGCCGCGGGGGCCAGACGGAUUACCAGGACGUGUACUCAGAGCAUGCGCGGUAUGCUCCUCAAACCAGAUUUGUAGUAUAGGGCCAGGCCACUAGAACAAAAUGGCAACACGGUAUUGGUGCAUCAAAAAGGGCUGGAUCCUAACUAGAAAAAUGCAUGUACCUUAGACUUUCUCGUAAAUCAUGCAUUUCACCCCCCCCCCCCCCCCCCCCCCCCCACCCCCCACAGCGGAGGUCACUCACCACCUUUCCGGAGACAUUUGAAACCCCAACCUCUUUAAGGAAUACCUGGGAUAGGAUAAGUAAUCCUUCUACCCCCCCCCCCCCCCACACACACACACACACACAGCGGAGUCGCUCACCACCUUCCGGAGACAUUUGAAACCCCACCUCUUUAAGGAAUACCUGGGAUAGGAUAAAGUAAUCCUUCUCCCCCCCCCCCCCCCCAAAAAAAUUGUAAAGUGGUUAUCCCACUGGCUAUAGGGUGAAUGCAUCAAUUUGUGAGUCGCUCUGGACUAGAGCGUCUGCUAAAUGACGUAAAUGUGCCCUUGAGCAAGGCACUUAACCCUAAUUGCUCCUGUAAGUCGCUCUGGAUAAGAGCGUCUGCUAAAUGACUUAAAUGUAAAUGUAAAUGUACAUUAGACAGACCUUGUAGGGUCAUUUAUUUUUGAGCCAUUGGAUUUGCAUGUUCUUUAGAAUCUAUACAGUGUAACUUCUCAUGAAAUGAAAUUAAUGUAAAUUCCAUUCUGUCUUCAGAUGGCGGAGGACAGUCUCCGGACCCUGGAAGCUCCUCCCCCUGACCCCUCGACCCCUAGCAGAGUCUUCCUGGAGGUCACGCUGAAGGAGGGCUGCUAUCCCAUGAUGCCUCACUCCAUGUACUGUCUGCCACUCUGGCCUGGCAUCACUCUGGUACUGCUCACUAAGGUCUGUAUACACACACCCACACACACGCAUAUAUACACAGAUACACACACACACACAUUUUACAUUUACAUUUUAGUCAUUUAGCAGACGCUCUUAUUCAGAGCGACUUACAGUUAGUGAGAGCAUACAUUUUCAUACUGGCCCCCCGUGGGAAACGAACCCACAACCCUGGCGUUGCAAGCGCCAUGCUGUACCAACUGAGCUACAGGGGAUGUCACACACACACACACACACACAUUCAAAGAGAAAGGGUAAACAAAUCAUUACAAACACUGCACAGAUCUCACAACAUGGGAUGUUAUUAUAGAUGUAGCCAGAAGAGGGCAGUAAUGUGUCACUAUGAGAUCAAACUGAAUUGACCCCAACCCUGUUUUGCACCUCUCUCUCUCUCUUUCUCUCUCUCUCUCUCUCUCCUCUCUCUCUAGAUACCUAACAGUAACCUGGCCAUGUCAGUCUAUGUGUUCCUGGAGGCAUUUGCUAAGUUAGAGAAGCGUCUGAGUGAAGGUCUGGAGGGGUCAGCGGCCCGCGGCCAGACGUCCAUACAGGACCUCCGCAACAAACUGGACAAGUUCAUUAGAGCAUUGGGAACCUCAGACAUACAGGUGUGUGUAAUGUAUACAGUAUUAGCUGUAUAUGGAAGCUUCUUGUCAUUGAAAAGCAUUUUAUAUGCUCCCAGUGACAGGUUUAAAACAUAAAAGAUGUUCCGCCAUUUCCUGGUUGCUAAAAUUCUAAUAGUUCACCUAAUUUCAGUUUAUGUGACAAGAUAAGCAAGUAUAGUGUAGAGAAUCAUUGUACCAUCUAAACCGCUGUGAAAUAUAUUUUCCAUAACCAAAAAUAUUGUAUUUUCAGCUGUUUGAAGCUGGUGUACAAAACCGAAAGUAAAAGUUACAAAAACUAAACUUAAGAACGGGAAGCAUAGAAAUAGGGCACAUAGAACAGAUCUACUGCUUCUUAGACUUGCUUUCAAUGUGAAUGACAGAUCUAUAACACACAAUUCUAUGAUCGGGUCGCCCAAAAAUUACAUAAAAACAUUGCUAAAGUAUUUAUAACAUGUCUGUCGGUCUCUUCUCUCUCAGACGUCCCAGCUACAGAGUGUGUGGACAGAGUUUAAGAGCCGGGCAUUCACCAGAGGAGGACCUGGCUUCAGCAGGGAGUGAGUGUCUUGUCUACUGCCACCUGCUCUCUAUGGCCCAAUUCCCAUGUUGACCCCUAGCCCCUGCUCCCUAUGUUCUACUGUAGGAUUAGAUACAGGAUAUAUAUGUUCCGGUCUCUGACAUUGCUUUUCCUUAAUUGUUUUAUUAUACAAACAAAAUUCUGGAUUAUGUGUGUAUUUUUAUGUAUUUUUAUUGCAUUGUUGGAGCUAGAAAUACAAGCAUUUUGCUGCUCUUGCGAUAACAUCUGCAAAUCUGUGCACGUGACCAAUAAACUUUGAUUUGAUUUGCAAUGGGGGCAUUUGGGAAGAUGUGUGUCAUUUUAAGUUAGCUCUGAACUCUGUCCCUAGCUCGGUCCCCUGGUGUGGUAGUUGGAGAGUCAGAUGUGUGAGUCUACAGACAGUGUUUCAUCAUACUGUCUCUGUAUCCGUCUCUGUAUCUGUCUCGCUCUCUCCCUAGCCUGGUCCCCUGGUGUCAUACUAUGAAGAGCCAGCUGUGUGGAGUCUACAGACAGUGUUUCAUCACAGAGAACACAGUUGGAGGAGGGAGUCCACAACGUCUAUCACCCAGUCUACAGGACAGAGCUCUCACCAUGGUGCAGUACGUAUGAGGCCCUGGACUAGCUAACAGUAUUUCUCUCAAUAACAACCAACCAGCACUGUAUGUAUUGUGUAAAGGCCUGUAGGACAGAGCUCAGGAUAUCAAGGACUUAAUCUAUAGUAUCUCAUGGAUUCCGAUAAAAAGGCUUUACCCUGUUCGGAUGAAGAUACUAUUCUUAUCCUCUCUACUCUCUCUCCCUCCUCUUGUCCUUCCUCUAUUCCCCCCCCCCCCCCCCCCCCCCCACCAGGGAGAAGUUGAUGGACUGGAAAGACUUCCUGUUGGUGAAGAGUAAGAGGAACAUCACUAUGGUGUCAUAUCCUGCCUAGAAAUCUCAAAUGGCACCCUAUUCCUGUUUUUUGUGCUCCUAAUAUUAUGAGGCUAGAUGUAGGGUUGGUGUGUUAAAGUGAAGGGGUAGCCUAUGCAAAGUCUUUAGAAGAGGUAAAGUUGGACCAAAAGCCUGCACACCCAGUUGCUCUCCAAGAGGGUUGGCCACCCCUGAUCUUGACUUACCGGGAGCAAUAGCUUCAUGACUGUAGAAAAUCCAAUUUUCUGUCUAAAUCUCCAGUGGUUUCAGAGUAGACCCCCAUGUUUUUGUCAUUUCCAUAGCAUGUUGAGAGCGAUAGGAGCUGAUAGCUAUUCAUGGGGUAUGUUGUGCCCUGGUGUGUCACACAGUUUUUAUUUAUUUAUGGUGUCAUAUCUUAUAUGUAAUUUCUACUGUAUGUCACUGCAGGGGUAGAAUGUCCUCAUGCAGCUAUUAAAAAUCAAACCAAAUGCUGGUGCUGUACAGUAGUUUGACCAUGUUGGACAGAUAUCUCUAGACAAGAUAUUGUCAAGUGUAUUUAAUCCAGAUGAUGUUACAUACCCAGAUAAGUUACUGUAGUGUUGUGGUAUUAGGCUCUGUGUUGUACUGUGUCUCUGUGUUGUGAGGUGUAUUGAUCUUAACACAGCGGUUAUUACGUACCUUGAGGAGUUCCCAGGACUGAUCCAUUUCAUCUAUGUUGACCGCACCGCUGGUCAGAUGAUCGCUCCAUCUCUCAACAUCACGGACCGCACGACCUCUGAGCUAGGAAAGGGGCCACUGGCUCACUUCAUAAAGGGC